GCAGAGGAAAUGCCAUCGCGGUUUCCGCCACCAGCAGCAGGAGGCACCGAUCGCUUGCGACCACUGUAGCGCGCUCUCAGUUAGUCAUCAAGCACCGACGUCUCUGUCCACUCCGAAUGGAAAGUGCGCAGUAGGCAGGAGGAAGGGGGAGAAAAGUCGAUUGAGGUCGGAGCGGUCGCGCGAUGAAAUUGGCACGCGCAUGUCCUCGAGGCUCCUGCUGUGUCACGCGGCCUGUGGCGGCUCUGUGGCGUGGCUGUUUUGCUGAAAGCCAUGGGCUGCACGCUCGUCAAAUUCAGGCAGCCUUUUCCCUACUGGAAAGGCGAUAAGAGCAGAAACUGAGGGACAGCAGCACAUAUCACCACUGAAGCACAGUAGCUUGAGGUUACCUCUUUCGUUUCUCUCUUCUCUGCCCUUCCUCGAAGGACGUAUUGGCACUGUUUCCUUAUCUCUAGGCUGUGUGGGCUGACCACCAUGGCAGAUCCGAAUCAGCAACCACAGUUGGCUGUGGUGUCACCUUCGGAGACGCUCCAGCCGCCCUUGGCCUCUUCUCAGGCUCCUGUUGUGCCUCCACUGGCAGGUCCUGCACCCGUUGCAUUCUGGUGCUAUUCAUGCCGGUCAGAAGUCAGCCUGAUGCCAGCGGUGGAAACUAUUUGUCCCACUUGUGGGAGUGGAUUUCUGGAGGAAAUGUCCACUGCAGAUGUUGUGGGUACCCUUCGACAGCAACGAAGACGAGUGCAUAGCAAUCCCUCAAGAAGGUUUCGAUUGGGUCUUGGUGGGGGGCUGCCAACCCCACGACUUGUCCGGAUAUUGGAACUGUUGCAUGCUGGUGAUGUCCUGUCUGGUGAAGCAGCUCCAGCAAGUGACGGAGCUGCUACAACUGCAGAAGGCAGUCCAGCCGCAGAGGUUCGUUUAGCCACUCCGGUGCCUGACGUUCCUGACGUCCCUGAGGUUCCUAAUGUGCCUGCGGUCAGGAGACCGAGAGAGAGGACAAGGCGAAGGGAGCUUGGAGUUCCAGGUUUCACAGAUGUUACCGUCCAGGUUGUUCAUCGGUGGGACCAAGAGGGCAGUCGGGAGAGACAGAGGGAGGAACAGGCUAUAGGAGCUGUGGAAAGAGGCUCAAUGGCUGCUGAGGAAAUCAAUCAUGGUAGCAGGCAGGCGGAGGACCAAGGUGGGGCAGCUCCAGAGCCCUUGCUACAACCCAGUAGCGUCAAUGGCGUAGAGGACGUGGGUCGGACUGCUACAGAAAUGGAGGGUAUUGACAUCGCGGUUGGAGUCCCUGCGCGUAUUUCUGCAAAUGGCGGAAUAGUUAACAGUGAUGAUGAAGAUGAGGAGAUGGAGGAUUUGGAAGGUUUCGACGGUAUGGACCAGAUGGACGCAGAUGAUGAUGAAGGCUGGGAUGAGUACAGUUAUUCGAACUUCCAGAUUGCGGGUACUAUGGAUGGGGAUGAUGAUGAUGAUGAUGAUGAGGAUGACGACGAGGACGAGGACGAGGAUGACGACGAGGAUGAGGACGUGGAGUAUGGACAGGACACAGAGAAUGAAAAUGAGCGGAUGGGAGCCGGGAACGGGACGAGGGAACAUGGGGUUGCAGGCUUGACAAAUUGGCUGCUAGGGGAAGAGAACACUCAGCGUCAGCAAGUGGAUGAAAACAACUCUACUCCUCUGCGCCCUCUAGGGCCAUCUGGUGUGAUGGGUGGUGAAAGAGCAAGGGAGGAGGCACAAACCCCACCAGGGACUGCAGAGCCCCAAAGACGUCAUCGUCGUCGUCGUACCAGUCAAAUGAGAGAGCACGUUGCUGUCUAUGUACAGAGCCUUUUAGAGAGGAACAUCGAGUUCCACUUUCAGCUUCCAGCAUUCAUUGGUAAUCCUGGUGAUUACUUGGAUUCUCGUGGGUAUGAGCAAUUGCUUAAUGAACUGGCGGAAAACGAUAAUAGCAGGAGGGGAGCUCCUCCUGCCUCGAAGACUGUGGUUGACAGCCUUCCCACUGUGCUGAUCACCGAAAAGCAAGUACAGCAGGGGUUAGCACAGUGUGCAGUCUGUAAGGAUGACGUGGAGGUCGGUGAAUCGGCCACACAGCUUCCAUGUUUGCAUACGUACCACAGUGAUUGUAUAGUACCUUGGCUGUCUUCAAGGAAUUCGUGCCCAAUUUGCCGCUUUGAGCUGAAGACAGAUGAUGCUGACUAUGAGGAACAGCGAAGUCGUCGAAGAGGUAUGACGGAUGGGCAAGGAAGAGGGUGGGGACUCAGUGGUAAUGAACAAGUUUCGCAGGUUGCAGCGGCUGGCAGUGGCCAUCAGGAUGAGCCUGAUUUGGCACAGAGGAACAGCGACAGCUGUAUCUGACAUAAUAAUGAGUGAGCACGCAGAAAGAAGAAUCUAUUCGUGAGCAUUGCAGGUCGCUUGCGCUGUCUAGCAGGACCGUCAUACUGCAGCAGUGAUCGGCGAACAACAGGAGGGCGCACCAGGUCGGAGUGGAAAAGGUUUUUUUUUGCAGCAGAGUGGAUGAGCAUCUGAGAUUGCUGUUGAGAGCCAGCAAGCUUGUUUACGCCAGAAUUCGGUGGCACAGGAGUGGUGGGAGCUGAAGCCAACUUGAGAGAGGAGCAGAUUCAAGCAGCAAAGGAUAUGGGUGGGCUGGAGAGAAGACGAGGGUGGCAAUUUGCAGCAAAUAGUCGGCCGGAGAAACUGAACUCCAGUGAUGACUGCAUAGAGGAGCAGUGACAACGACAGUCGGCAACCUGGUCGCAAGGUAAUGUUUUGUGAUAUAAAGCCGUGUGGAUGGGUUGGCUGGCUAGCUGGUCACCAGGAUUAGUUAAAAGACGGGGUUCUGGUUUCGAGGCUAUUCUGCGCAGAUGAUGUGAGGUGCGUUCUUUCCGGGUAGUCGGCAUCACAGGCAAGCCGGAACCAUGCCAAGGUGAUUUUUUAGGCCUUGCCUGUCGGGUGUGGAGAAGAGAAUCUGCUGCGGAAUUCCACAGAUCGUAUCGCCCUUUUCCAUAGAGGCUCUGAUUGACUUUCAACCUUUCUUUGCGUGCUUUGUGUGCUGGCUCCGCUUGAACCCUGAAAGUCGGGAGGUCUACUAACUGCUCGCAGCUGAUUCUGGAAGUGCUGUUGUUUUUCCUGGCAGCAUUGGCGUUGUUGUGAGCGCUCUUCCGUGCAGUUACCACCUAUUUCCUGGGGGGGGGAGCGGGGGCGCAGUGGAAUUUGUGCCACAUGGUUGAAGGGUGUGGCGGCAUCAAUGGUUAAGGUGACCUAUGAAGAAGUGUCGUGGCGGGGAGCCACGUCAUGCAUGGUGUAAGUUAGUCUGUUCUCCUCCCCCCCCUCCCCCCUCUCUCGCCUAUCCCCUCUUCUUACGAAGCCAAUGAAUGUUUAGUUCUUUGUGUACGAGACCUCAAUCGGUCUGGUGGAGUGCGAACUUCUCAUCGCGGCAGGAGGAAGGGUAUAAUUUGGCUUCCAGCCCUUGAGCCUUUUGGGAGCAAGACUCAGUCUUGCUUACGUUGAGACUGACCGGUACCGGCCAUCUUUUGUGUGCUGUGGACUUGACCAAAUGGUUCCUCUUUCCGUGUGUCUACAGCAGCACCGGCCUGAGUGUGUCUAGGGUGGUCAUGUUGUGACUGGUGCCGGCAAGGGUUAUGAGGUGCCAGCAGGACAGUUCGUUUCACCUGCAAGGCAGCAACACUGUUACACCUGCCGGCAAGGGUUAUGAGGUCGUCGAUAUCGUACCUCUUUUAGACCGUGGGGCUGUUGGAAACAGCCUGACAUGCUGUCAGUCAUUACCGACAGUCACCAUCUGUACACACACACACAUCAGGUGCCAAUGCAUUUGUUUGCAAAGGCUCUCUGUCUCUGUCCGGCUCUCUUCCUCCAUCUCCCUCUCUCUGUGUCUGUCUCUUUCCCACGCAUGCUCAAUUGGAGCACAUUCACACACACACACACACACACACACGCACACGUGUGACACUUAUUUCGUUACCAUUCAUUUCUAUGAUGCUAUCGCAAAUUGCGGGCAUGCUAGGACUCCUAGAGUAGUUGCCUGCUUAAAUUGGGUUUGUUGAUUCUUUGUUUGGCAGGUAAGGUUUGCAGUCGCAUAUAGUUUGCCGGCUUCCAGGUCAGCCAGCCAGCUUUCAUGUGCUGCUGACUGAUGAUGGCCUUGUUCCUCGUCUAGUUAGAUGAGUGUGGUAGUAGUGUCGAGGUGCACGCAGUACCCAGCAUGAAUAGGAUGUGAUUAGUCAAGUGCGAGGCGAAUCUUCUUCGCAAACACACUAAUUGGUGAUUUCUUGAAGAGUACAGAGGAAGAUAAAUCCUUCCGCAGCCAAGCUCUA